AUGUUUGUUGCCACUGAUGGAGCACAAGUUGAUUAUAUUUUUUAUUGCAUACAGGCGACAGUGACGCUGUUGGAGAAUAUGGAUAUAAUAAUGCAAAAAACUCCUAAAAGUGAUCUUAGAUCUGAAGUUUUACCCAUGCUAUACAGUGCAUUCGACUCCUCAACACCACAAAUACAGUGUGCUGCUUUGCAUGCGGUCGCUCAGACCGCCGACUUCUUGGAGGAGACCGCCGUCCGAAAAAUGGUGCUGCCAAGAACCAAGCAAGUCUUUGAAAACAACACCGGAAUCAAAGUUCAAGCUAAUGCUCUGACGUGCAUUGAAAAAAUAAUAGAUAAACUAGAAAAAACAGAUAUUUUAGAUGAAGUACUUCCCAUGCUCAGUAAAGCCAAAAUACAAGACCCAGCUAUCUUAAUGCCGGUUGUAAGGAUCUACAAAUUCAUGUUGGGGGACAAAAGGUAUGGAUUAACUGUGAACUUGUUAGCAACUAAAGUGAUGCCAUCGCUAGUUCCCGUGGUCGUCAGCCCUGCACUCAAGCUGGAUCAGUUUACAGCCUUAAUGGAGUUGCUGAGGGACAUGUUGGAACAUGUGGCCAGAAGUCAGAGGAACAAACUAAAACUAGAGAAACUCUCCAUACCUUCUUCAGAAAUGCUACCUGUGCAAUAUUCUAUGGAAUCAGCAACAGGCUAUCCUCACAGACCACCCCUGUUGCGGUUACAAUCAAGAAGAACGUCAGUCAGUAUGGACGAUGUAGUUAGAAGAACAAAUUCAGCAUCCUCGUCUCCAGACUCGAACUUGCUGUCGGUGCAGGGCAAUCUUCCUGGCAGACGUCAUUCAGACAACACCAUCCAGCCUCCCCGGAUCCUGGUGGCCCCAGCCAGUCCGGACGGUAACAUGAAGAGGGGGGCCAGCGCUGGAAUGUUGCCCAUCAGAAGACACUCUGGAGGUCAAGACAAUCGGUUCAACAACUGGUCUCCAAGAGUGGUCACUCCGAACUUCAAUAUUGAAUUUUCAACGCCAUCUAGACCAGGAAUGAGACGUUAUUCUGCUGCUGCAGUGUGUGCUACAGACCUGCAACGGAAUGCAGCACAAGUACCAGGUGCAAAUCCCAAUCAGGCAUCCAGCCUCUUGCAACAAAUAGGAACUGGAAUGCAACAAUUGUUCUCUGGUAAGCAGUGAUGCAAGGAGUAUUUACCUCGCCAAAGGAGCCAGAGGUGGACACAUUUCGCGCCAAGUAGUUCAGUGACUGAAAACAGGAUCCAAGUAGUCAUCUAAAGACAAUAAGGCCUCUGCAAUUCCCUUCUUCUCAAAGAUAGUAUCUGAACUGCAAACACUGCAAGACAAGGUCUUGCACUCGACAAUCUGUAAAAAAAAAAAAAAAUUAAUUAAAAUCCCGCAGAUGUCUAAAGUCGAUAGUUUACAUUUGGGGUGGUCCAUAUUGACCAGUCCUAUAGACACAGGGGUGGACUGGAGAAAAUGAGUUUUUCUUAUUGUAUUGUAUAAACGUAUUAUAAAGCUGUUGAUAUUUUCCUUCCCAUAUUCAUGUAUAUGAAUUUUAAGUGUGGAUGUUAUGAAUCUAUACAAAUGAGCGUUUUACGACAUUUUUACGAGCGUUAAUGUUCGAUGUGGUUUUGAUGUAUCGUGCCUGUUCCCUUUAUCCCCCAAACAUUCGAUCGAAUUCAGUUUUUUUUAAGAAAAAAGAGAGCUAUAUAAAUCCCUUUCUACAAGUAAAAUAUGUCAAUUUUCGCUUACACCACACCACCAAGAAGUUGCUUAAAAAUUUACAGUUGCGUUGCAUUCAAGUGUUACAGUUAAACCUGACAAGAUGACCACCCUUGAGAGCUGACAGCUUUUAUCCAGAACGGAAUGGAACUACAGUCGGACUUCUGUUUAACGAUUUUUACAUUUUGCGAUUUUUUUUUCCGAGGAACCAAGAACAUUUUGGAAAUUUCUUCCAAAUUGCGAAGUAAAUUUUCUAUUUAACAAACUUUUCUUUUAGUUCCACUUUCCCUAUAUCCCAAAAUAUCUCUAACUUGUAAACACUUUAUAUGGGGAAAAUGACUUUGAAUUGAUUUUCGAAGCCACUUAACUUUUAGAGAAAGCAAUAAAACCCCUUUCCCUUUCUGUUUGCAUUUCAAACGAAACACUCAGACAAAAUUGACGAAUUUUAUCAGUAGCAAUUAAACUAAAGAACGCAUGUGGCAAUGUAUGUUUAUAAAUACAGCCAUAAUGUUACACAUAAAUGUAAUAAAUGCAGCCAUAAUUUUACACAUAAAUGAAACUUUUUUUUAGUUGAAUAUGUUACUAGCAUGAUAGUGUAACACUGGAUAAUGUUUUGCUCUAUUCUUGCUUUCCAUGCAGAUUUCGUUCAUGAUUAAGAUUUAUAAAAUAAAUAGUAGAUACUAGUUCACAAGAUAAAGGCGUAUCCAUUGCUAUUUAAAUUAUGCCUAGUGUUUAUGAAUUUAAAACCUGUUUUGGGUUGCUUAAGUAUUUCAAAAUGUGAUUUUCUAUUUAAGCAAUUUUUCAUGUAACGAACUUAUUAUUGGGAUUGAGCGACUUCGUUAAAUAGAGGUCCGACUUUAAUCCUAAAACAUAAGAGAAAGCAAAACCUUUGCAAUUUCACCUUAUGUCUAUCUUGAAUAUUGAUCGCUGAGUUAAGUCUAUUUUAUCUAAGGGUAUCAUUAAAAAACCAUGCAUAAGUUGAACGGGAAAAAAAAUGAAAACAUUUUCAAAGAUAUUUUUUACGUUAAUUUGUUAUAAGUCAGAAUUUUACCGAAUUUUUCAAAUAGUAUGAAAAACUAACCAAAACCAUUUGAAAGUUCACCAUAUAAAAAAAAACAAUUAACGUGUUAUUUUUAGGGAUAACAUGAUAUAAAAAAACAGUGGCACAUUCCUUUUAUAAGUUGGUAACCUGCCUAAAUUAACCACUAAAUACAUUACAAGUGAUCAACUUACACAGAUUUUACUGUACUGCAUGAAGCACACUCUCCAAGUGGAAGAGUCAGUGCUUAUCUAUGACAUCAGAAAUAUUGCGUGCCUUAAGAAGGUGAACUUAGAGACCAGUGCUUUCGAAGAUUAAUACUUUGUGUUAUAACCGACGUUUGAACAGCCAAUCCAGAUAUCAAUUGUCCUCUCCAUAGUCUUGUAUAAUUUGAACCCAACUUUUGGGACAAGAAUUGGAGAUGAUUCGCAUUCGUGAACGACAUUUUGAAUGAAACUAAGCCGCAUAUGCGUUGCGUGGUGAGAGAAAACGCGUUAACUUCUAAUUGUUGGCCCAAUAGCAAGGGGGAUCAUAAGAUGCUGUAGGAUUGUUUUAUUUUAAAACAGUCGUUGAACAGCCAACCCAAUUUAGAGUUCACGACUACUAAUGUUCAACUCCGUAACCUUGCAAUUUUGAACCCAAUGCAGCAGACAACGGAACUCCUGGAUUAAGUAUCGGGAGAACAUUGCCUUGUGGAAGACUUUUUAUUGGAACUAAUUAGCUUUACGUGGAGAGGAAAACUACAAAGACCUCUCACGGAUAGACUGACGAUUGGGGACUCUAACCCAUAAUCCGUCUGCUACUGAGACCUACCUACCACUAAGAAUCGAACCCGGUUCACCUCAUUGGAAGGCGAAUUCUCUAUCCCCUGACCCACCAGGCUCUGCUGUAGGAUUAUUAAAAAAUUCAGUCUUGCAAAUGUCACUAGUACUUUACAAUACCUCAGACUAAUGGGAAAAAUUUAUUAUUUUUUUGCUGUUGUUUGUUGUUGUUUUUUUUUAAAUUCAGCCUGAUAUUUUCUUAGACUUAUUACAAUCAGCCAACAUGCCCUUAGACUAAUUCGGAAGUGUUGAUCAGUUUGAACCUGUCAGGCUUAUUGUUAUAAACAUUUAAUUAAAUUGUGUUUUUUUCCGCUAUUUUGGACUUAUUGCAAACUACUUGAAAUUAAUCAGGCUAAUUAAACAAAGGAUGACACAUUUUCUAGCUUGCCUAAAAGUAAGUAAGCUCACGGUAAAAGUGUUAGGCUAAUUAAAAAAAAAUAUUGGAGAUUUUUCCAAUUAGCCUAAUAAUUACGACGAUAAUUAGUCAAAAGCCAUAUACUUCAAAUAGCUUACGACCCAUACGCUGUAUUAUUUCAUGAUAUCACUCCGCGCUUCUCAAUAAGCAUGAGUUCUGUACUGGUUUAUAAGCUUUACACACUUAAUGUAGAAUGUAACAUAUAAACGCUUCUGUGACUUUCUAGCAACUUCUUGUGUCUUGUGGCUUUGCGAUUUGAACAACCCUUCUUAUGUGACUGCUGUAAAUAAUAAUUUAUAUUUAUAAUGAUUUGAUGUUGUCUUAAAGAUGCAGAAUGUAUGGCUGACUUAAGAUGUUUUUCCUAGUGUAAUGUCUGAAAAAAAAGGUUACUUUGCGAGUUUUAAUAUCAUAGCAAUUUUAUAAGAAUUGUUUAUAUAAAUAUUGCAUCUACGUAUCAAAAUAAAACUAACUUUUUUUU